AUGGGCUCUCCAUUCCUCACACUUGGUGCUGUGCUUUGCACCAUGGCAAUGAUUUCUAAUUGGAUGUCACAGACUCUCCCUUUCCUGGUUGGGCUCAAUAUCACAGGACUAAGCUCAGGUAAAGCUUUGACCCAGAUCAGCCCUAGGGAGGGUUGGCAGGUGUACAGCUCAGCCCAAGACUCCGAUGGACGUUGCAUCUGUACUGUGGUGGCACCAGAGCAAAAUCUGUGUUCUAGAGAUGCCAAAAGCAAACAGCUGCGGCAACUGCUGGAAAAGGUCCAUAAUAUGUCCCAGUCCAUAGAGGUGCUGAACCUCCGUACAGAGAGAGACUAUCAGUAUGUGCAGAAGAUGGAAACCCAGAUGAAGGUGGUUAGAGUCAAAUUCAGGCAGAUUGAAGAAGAUCGCAAGACACUUCUAACUCGCCAUUUCCAGGAUCUGAAGGAAAAAAUGGAUGAGCUGUUGCCACUGAUUCCAGUACUAGAGCAAUAUAAAACAGAUGCUCAGCUUAUUACCCAGUUUAAAGAAGAGAUACGGAAUUUAACUGGGAUUUUGACCGCAAUCCAACAGGAGAUUGGAGCAUUUGAUUAUGAAGAGCUGCACCAGAGAGUUCUAGGACUGGAGACAAGGCUCAGAGACUGCAUGAAAAAACUUACUUGUGGUAAAUUAAUGAAGAUUACUGGACCAGUAACUGUGAAGGCCUCUGGACCAAGAUUUGGCGCCUGGAUGACUGAUCCACUUGCAUCUGAGAAAAACAAUCGAGUCUGGUACAUGGAUGGAUUCACAUCCAGGACUGUGCGGGAAUAUAGGUCAGUGGCAGAUUUUGUCACAGGGUCAGAGUCUAGGACUUACAACCUUCCGUAUAAGUGGGCUGGAACUAGCCAUUUGGUAUACAAUGGAUCCCUUUUCUUCAAUAAGUUCCAAAGCAAUAUUGUUAUCAAGUACAGCUUUGCAACAGGAAGAAUACUCAAUCAGCGUAGCUUGGAUAAUGCUGGCUUCAACAAUGUUUAUCCUUACACAUGGGGUGGCCACUCUGACAUAGAUCUGAUGGCUGAUGAGUUUGGCGUUUGGGUAGUAUAUGCCACUAAUCAGAACGCUGGAAACAUUGUCAUCAGUCAGCUGCAACAGGAUACACUGGAGGUUGUAAAGAGCUGGAGUACAGGAUAUCCCAAGAGAAGUGCUGGAGAGUCCUUUAUGAUCUGCGGUACCUUGUAUGUCACCAACUCCCACCUUACUGGAGCCAAGGUCUUUUACUCAUAUUCCACCAAGACCUCCACAUAUGAGUACACAGACAUUCCCUUCCACAACCAAUAUUUUCACAUAUCUAUGCUGGAUUACAACUCACGGGAUCGUGCCCUUUAUGCCUGGAACAAUGGACACCAGGUACUCUUCAAUGUCACUCUGUUUCACAUCAUCAAGACAGAUAAUGACGCAUGAUGUGGAACACAAGCCCUUCUCCAACUGGAACUCUUGCUUGCCUCUGAACAGUUUGUUCAUUCUCUGUUCAUUUUCCUUCUGUCUUAGUAUACUACAUUCAUUUCAUUUAUCCUUUAGAUGUUCACAGUAUAAAUUCCCCUGAGGAUUUCAUAGUUGUGUACUGUACCCUACAAGGUAACGAUUUAAUAGAGCAGGACAUAUUUUCCACCUCCAGCCAUCAGUCAGCACUGUCUGUUCUAUAGACAUGUAGUAUCAAACCAAGCAGAGCCAGGGGUAGAGAAGAAGGGGCCUAGGGCAAAGCAGAAGGCCAAAAACCCCAGCUUCUGAAAUUAACUACAUAAAUCAGAGGUGUUCAACCUUGUUGGACUACAACUACCUUUUGAGAUAGCUGUAGGAUAGACACCUAAGAUAAUAAUAUAAUAAACAUUGUUUGAGCACAUGCUAAGGAAAUUUAUAUAUGGGAAACUAUUUCUGCACUAUUUCUUGGUUAAUCCCACCUGUGGUUAGAAAGGAUUUAUAUGGACAAUAGCUGUUACAGUGGAGGCCCAUGGGUUUUAUGCAGCCCUCCAAGAAUUUUUUAUGAUCCCCAGUCUGGUCGUGAGUCCCACUGAUGUCUUUGGAGCACAUGAUCAUUAAAUUAUAUACUGUAUCAUAGUGAAAAGUAGCUCUCUAAAUUGAGACAUAGUCAUAUAAAGGUGACUAAAUGGUAAUGAUGAUGCUAAUAACUACUAUGUGUACAAUCAAAUAAGUCAAUAUAAUAUGAACGGUUUCCUUAUAUUAAUCAAACAUAAUUAACGGUGCCAUCGCCUUUAUAUUUAUAUAUUAUUUCUUGUUCUUGCAUUUUAACAGGCCUUGGUGCCAUAUUUAGUUUGAUGAAGAAGAGAUAUUUAUUUAUGGUUUCAGCUCAAUUGUAAUGAAUUAAGAAUUGGAUUUGGGGCUAGGUUUAUUAAAUUAGAUUGAAUUUAGUUCUUAAGCUUUUGAUACCUUGACCUGACCUGAUAUGAAUACUCUAUUUCCAAAUAGAUAUAAAGUGCCUGUCUGUGCGAUUCUCAUACUAAAUAUUCUCAAGAUGCUGGCACAGGUUAAUUAGUAAUACAGUUUCACUGAAGCAGAAUUUGUGCCUGACAUAGCCAGCCCCAGCAUAACUGUAUGUACACAAUAUUAUAGUAUGAGGCUAUCAUUCAAAUCCACAUCAAGCAUUAAUGUUUAAUAUCAUGACUAUAUACAGUAAUUCAGAGUUGUGGCCCAAAUCCAGCAUUUUAUCCCAUAAACCUCAAGGGGUGAUGGGUCUGAUGCAAUUGUGACCAUUGUGCCAAAUUCCUUGUAGUUGUGCAUGCACUUCAAUGCAAAUCAGACACAGAGUGAAUGCAACUAUAAGAAAAGCAAGUAACUUAAUGAAUGGGAUGUUCCAAGAGUAGGAGGUGAUUGGAAUCACUUCUAGGAGCAGGGGCUACUUAACAGGUCAUAAUAAAGCUGUGGUGCCAAGUUCAGCAUAAAAUGACCAGGACCAGUGUUUUUAUUGAAGAAAGGUAGCCCUGGCCUAGAGUAGGAGCAGGGGCUACUUAACAGGUCAUAACAAAGCGACAGUGGCAAGUUCAGCAUAAAAUGAGUAGGACCAGUGUUUUUAUUGAAGAAAGGGAGCACUGGCCUAGAGUAGGAGGUGAUUGGAAUCACUGGGGCACUCCCUUCCCAGUAAUUGUAGCUUUCAUUUUCCUGUUAAAACACAUGUAAUUGAACACCAUGCAGUGCAAUCACAAAAAAUACAUUUUACCUGGUGUCAAUGUAGCAAUGUCUAGUGUAUGCCAAUGCCUUUUUUACACAGCUGUAUAAAUAAAUAAUAAAUAGUCUAUUAUUUGUCCAAGCAACUCCUAAUACAGAGCAGCAGUAAAAAUGACUAGGAUUUAACCUUUUGGCUCUGCACAGAAAGUACAUGAUGGGUGAUACUGUCAUCGAUAAAAUGACAAUUUCCCACUGGAAAGGUGUGAAUUCCACAUAGCACAUUUAAUGAACCUUGAUUUAGGGUUUUCUUUGAUCUGCAUCUGACAGGGACAAGGAAGAACAACACCAUAGUGAUUGUAUUGGUUUUCUACUUCAACAAAUGUUUGCGUAGACCAGGAGAAGGGAGAGAACCAAAGAGUGUUCUGAGAGCAGAUAACCAGUAGCAAUAGAAAGAGCCAUUAUAUUUAUUCUUAAUCAUUUUCUGAAUGGAAUCUUUGUAGAGCAGGAGCGGUUACGUUUUUGAGCUUUUUCAUUUCAUCCAAUCACAGGUAUUGCCCAAAGCACAGAAGAGGUUAAGCAGGGCCCUAGCAUUUUCUCUGAAAUUUUAUCACUGAAUUAUCUGGUGGCAAGUUUAAUGAUCUGUAAUUAUAAAACCCUGAGGCGGUCUCAGCUAAUAAAUCAUAACGAUGGACAAUUAUCUGGUCCAUUAAUUCAGACAAAUCUAUUAAUGCCGUCUGAGCGUGACAAAGUGACUGCGUAACGUGUCAGUCUCCCACCUGAUAAAACAACACUAGGGUUAUUAGAAGAAACAUGAAAUGAAUGUAAUUGCUAAAAAGUGUCUUCCUCUUCAACUUCUUGCAUUUGAUCUGAAAAUGCGGGGGAGAUCGGUAGAUGUUCAGUAGAUGAGGGCUCAGCGCAAAACAGAUUUUUUAUAAGAUAGAACUGGCCAAUGCUUGGUUUUUAAGCUCCUUGCAUUUGAUCUGAAAAUACGGGAGAGAUUGGUAGACGUUCAGUAGAUGAGGGCUCAGCGCAAAACAGAUUUUUAUAUAAGGUAGAACUUGCUACAAAUCCUAGCAACCAACAAAACUGGCUGUUGGGGGGGAGAACAACAACUGAAAGAGUACAAGUUAUGUUAUGUAGCUUUCCUAGUGUUUUUGCCCUACUAAAUCUCCCAUACCUACAGCUGCUGCUCUUUGGGGGCCCUACCAUAUCCGCAGGCCAAGAGCAGUCACCUCUAUUUACUGCCCCCUAAAGACAACUCUGCUAAAGAUGGAUAUAAUGAAUGUGUUGCAUUACCCCAAUUGUCAUCCAUAUAAUGUGUGUUUGUUUUGCAGUCUCAAUUUAUUCAUAUUUAAUUUUAAUGUACAGUAUCCUUAACUCGUCUUUGUUUAUUGCCUUUGUAUGUUUUGAUUUCAUUCAGUAUACAGUAUCUCUGUAACCAUAUCUCCUCCUUUCCAUGGUCAUAUCUUAUCAUCUGCAUUCUCCAUGCGAUCUAAUAUUCCCAUCAAGAUCACUUGGAGAAGAGACAUCUAAGCCCAUUAAGGAUGGGCCAGUGACUAAACUGGAUUUAUUUGCCUUAUCCUCUACUCACAUAGGUGGGCCAAAAAUAUACAGUAUGAUCUGCUUUCAUCAGAUGAUUAACUUUCCCAGUAAAAAGAUUUUUUUUCUGCUGCCAGAGGGGACACCAGCGUUUGUCUUAGUGGAUUCAGAGAUAGGUAAAGGUUUAACUGUCUCACUGCUGGAAGCUUUGAAACAAUUUUAUAUUUUGACUGGGCUACAUAACAUACAGUAAAUGGGCACAAAGUGCCAUGUAUAUUCUACAAAGUGGAAAAUCAUCUCGGUUCUAUUUUAUAUCAUAUUAUAUACCUAAUGGUAUGAUUCAGCAAGAGUGGGCACAGUUAUGUUGUAGAGCAACACAUUAUUAUAUUAAUCACCUCUGUCAGUUGUUGUGUGUAUACAAGUAGUAUAUAUGCAUACAUUUGCAAUGUGAUUCAUUAGGUGUGUAUAUCACGGAUCAGUAAUAUCUGAGGAAUCCACUAGCAGAGCCAUGGUGGGUUUGUACUGCAGCUCAGCAAUAGAUGGAAUGCAGUUGCUUGUUGUCUUGUGAUGUAAUAUUUUGACUCUAAUUAGCAGUGUGUUUAAUGCAGCUGCAUAGGGGCAGGGUAUAUACAGGGCCCGUUAUAUCGUACAACAUUGCUUUCCCAAAAGAAGGCGAUGGGGUCAUGACAUAAAUCCUUAUUCUAUGUACAGAUUUAUUCCAUGCUAUAUGCCACUUUCCUUUAGAAAAUAUACCUGGUGCAAUUGGCAAAAAUUGGUGCAAUCUUUUUUAA